GUCGUCACUAUUUUUAACAAAGAAAACAUGUCAAAAGAAAUCUGCGGCGACGUCAACUAGAGAUUCUUUGGCUUUGGGUGCAGUGGCCUUUUAUGAUCAAACUCCGUUUCUCUUUUGUUUUGUUUGUCUAAAGUGCAAGUUUCCUUUAUGGCUUUUGUGGGGUAUAAACAAAAUAAAUUAUAGAGAGAAUUAAAUUAAAUUUGAAUUUGUAUGGGUAAUAAACUGACAUAAUAAUAAAGUCUCCUCUCUCCUACCCAACAAUUCACAUUUCACACUCCCUAUCGUCCUCAUCGAUCCCCUCUAUAAAUUCACCUCUUCAGUUUCUCUAGCCCAUUCUCAUCUCCACCAAACAAAGAUGUCUCCCAAGGUUGCCACCUUCUUCAUACUAGCUCUCUUCCUCUGCUCCACCCUGACCUACGCCGCCCGCCCACAGCCAGCCUCUCCCCACGAUUUUCCUGGGAAAACUCAACACGGGGGCGUUGAAGCUGAGCGUGCUGAGGUGGUGGAUGGAAACUGCGAAGGUGUUGGAGAAGACGAGUGCUUGAUGAGAAGAACCCUUGCAGCUCACAUCGAUUAUAUCUACACCCAGAAGGAGAAGCCAUGAAUUUGAGUUCAAUUUCUUGAUAAUUAGCCAUAGAACAUAUGAUAGGCGACAUGAGAUUUUCCAAUGAUAAGUAACUACAUAUAUAAUUAAUCUGUUUAAAGUGUUUGUUUCUCGGGAAUUGGGGUUCACUAGAUUUUUAAUCUUUUGCUCCAUCCUUGGUUUUCAAUUUUAUUUUGCUAUGGGAAAUUUGUCCAGUUGGAAAUUAAAUAUAUAUGAAUUAUAUUGGGCUUCUGUAAA